CUUGUCCCCAGCAUGUACGACCAUCUCCCCACGACCUGCGGGGAACAGUAACCUUCUCGCCAGCCACUUCGUUGCAGUCCAUAUAACCUGAAUUGAAGCCGCAUUUCUUCGACAUCAAUCAAGUUUUGCACCUCACCCUCGAAACAGCGCAGUUCACACUCAGCCUUGACGAUUGGUUGGGAUACACACCCUCAGCCGAGAAAAUAUGGCUGCCCAGAUGGAGGUCAGCCAGGCCUCUGAUAACACCGUAAUGGGCAAACCCGCCGGUGAUCUCCCAAAUGAUGGCACCGGAGUCCUGAAGAUCGAUCCCUGGCUGGAGCCGUUCAAGGCUGAGCUGAGAUCCCGCUUCAGCAAAGCACAAGACUGGAUUAAACGCAUAAAUGACACAGAAGGGGGGCUGGAGAAGUUCAGUAGGGGAUAUGAGGUACUCGGCUUCAAUGUGCAGCCGAACAACGACAUCGUGUAUCGAGAGUGGGCGCCUAAUGCUCUCAGAGCGUAUCUCAUUGGAGAUUUCAAUGGCUGGAAUCGCGAUUCCCACGAGAUGAAAAAGAACCAGUUCGGCGUAUUCGAACUCACCAUACCAGCGGUGAACGGCCAGCCAGCCAUGGCACACGAUUCUAAGAUCAAGAUCUCCCUCGUCGUUCCCAACGAACAGGCCCGACAAGAGCGCAUCCCGGCAUGGAUUACGCGCGUCACUCAAGACCUUUCUGUCUCCCCUGUCUACGACGCCCGAUUUUGGAACCCCCCGAAAAAUGAAAAAUAUGUAUUCAAGAAUAAAAGACCGCCAAAGCCUGCUAGCGCCCGAAUUUAUGAGGCACAUGUCGGUAUCUCGUCGCCCGAGCCUAGAGUCGCUACGUAUAAAGAGUUCACGCGCAACAUGCUGCCACGCAUCAAGAAUCUAGGGUACAACGUCAUCCAGUUGAUGGCGAUCAUGGAACAUGCGUAUUACGCAAGCUUCGGAUACCAAAUCAACAGUUUCUUCGCGGCAAGCAGCCGGUAUGGAUUGCCUGAAGAUUUGAAGGAGCUGAUUGAUACAGCUCAUGGUAUGGGUAUUGUAGUAUUGCUCGACGUGGUACAUAGUCACGCGUCGAAAAACGUGCUUGAUGGGCUGAACAUGUUCGACGGUAGUGACCACCAGUACUUUCAUGAAGGGGGUAAAGGAAGGCAUGACCUAUGGGAUAGCAGACUCUUCAACUAUGGACAUCACGAAGUCAUGCGGUUUUUGCUAAGCAAUCUAAGGUUCUGGAUGGAGGAGUAUCAAUUUGAUGGGUUCCGAUUUGACGGAGUGACAAGCAUGAUGUAUACGCACCAUGGAAUCGGAACAGGAUUCUCUGGAGGGUACCAUGAAUAUUUUGGCCCAAAUGUUGAUGAGGAAGGCGUCGUCUAUUUGAUGGUCGCCAAUGAAAUGCUUCACAAUCUCUAUCCGUCCUGUAUAACUAUUGCCGAGGACGUAUCCGGAAUGCCCGCCCUCUGUCUCCCCCUCUCUCUCGGUGGUAUUGGUUUUGACUAUCGCCUCGCAAUGGCUAUUCCCGACCUGUACAUCAAAUGGCUCAAAGAAAAACAAGACAUUGAUUGGGAUAUGGGCAACCUGUGCUUCACUUUGGAAAAUCGCAGGUAUGGCGAAAAAACAAUUGCAUACGCAGAAUCUCACGAUCAAGCUCUUGUCGGCGACAAGACGCUACUUAUGUGGUUGUGCGACGCAGAAAUGUACACCAACAUGAGCGUUUUAACCCCCGAGACACCAGUCAUUGCACGAGGUAUUGCGCUUCACAAGCUCAUCCGGCUGAUUACCCAUGGACUUGGUGGUGAAGGCUGGCUCAACUUCGAGGGCAAUGAGUUUGGUCACCCCGAGUGGUUGGACUUCCCACGUGAAGGAAACAACAAUUCUUUCCAUUACGCUCGACGGCAAUUCAACCUCGUGGAUGACCAUCUGCUAAGAUACCGCUUCCUCAACGAUUUCGACGCCAAAAUGCAAUGGACAGAGGAGAAAUAUGGAUGGCUACACAGUCCUCCGGCGUACGUCUCGCUGAAACACGAGGGAGACAAAGUCAUUGUCUUUGAGCGUGCAGGACUGCUCUGGAUCUUCAACUUCCACCCCACCAACAGCUUCACCGAUUACAGAGUUGGUGUAGAGAAGGAAGGCACCUAUCGCAUCGUCAUCAACACGGAUUCGCCUGCGUUCGGGGGACAUGAUAAUAUCAAGGACGACACCCGGUUUUUCACCACUCCAUUUGCUUGGAAUGGGCGAAAGAACUUUUUACAGGUCUACAUUCCGACCAGAACCGCAAUGGUCCUGGCGUUGGAAGAAACGUUGUAAGCGACCUUACAGUGACGGCUUGACGGCAUUAAAAUCAUGUAUGCGAGCGAUUGAAGAGAAGAUUUAGGUAUUGUAAUACUGAUAUCAGAUUUGCCGGAUUAAGCACGUUUAGAGAAAUGGCGGUUUUGGACUUAGGAAAGGCAAGAUAUAUCAACAUGGUUAAAAAUGAAAUUAGCCCACACGUAUUUACACGUCUUUAGUUCUUAAUGAAAAGAUUGAUCUUUUCCA